UGAAGAUAUUUUUUUUUCCCAAAUAUCUGAUCAUUCAGAAAUCCCAAUUCAGUCUGCUCUGCUCUAUUCUGCUCCUAGUUAUCCAUGGAAUCCUCUGCGUCAAUACUCCCACUCUCUCAGCUCCCUUCUGUUUUCCCACAAAAACCCAAAAGAAGCAAUUUACCUUACAAUCCUUCUUGGCUAUCCAAUUCCAAACCAAGAGCCUCUCGUCCCCCUCGCAUGCACUGCCACAAGAUGUAUGUCCGUGGAUUUGGAGAAGCGUCGCCGGAAGCAAAGGCGGCCAACAACCUCCACAGUUUCUUCACUUAUGUUGCAGUUAGUAUUGUCUGUGCUCAGCUUGAGAGUUACAACACGGAGGCAUACGAAGAGCUGAUGGAAUUUCUGAGUAGGAACUCGUUGAAUGAUGGAGACCAAUUCUGUGCCAAUCUGAUGAGAGAAUCUUCCAGGCAUAAGGGUCUAGCUUUGCGCAUCCUAGAGGUUCGAUCUGCAUACUGUAAAAAUGAUUUCGAGUGGGACAACUUGCAGCGAUUAGCCUUCAAGAUGGUGGAUGAAUCCAAUACGAGGCUCAUGAGAGAUUAUGUCCUAGAAAUAAGUCAUGUGGAAGGUGAACAGGAGAAGUGAGAGUUGACCCGAUCGAAUCAGUACAUAAAGAUGAAGCAGGUUUCCGACGUGGGACUCUAUUCUGUAUAUGUUUCAAUAGUUACAGCAACGUCGUAUUUAAUUUGUUACUACUAAUGUUCGAUAAAAAAAUGUAUGCGAUUACAGUUGCUUUCAAAUUACCAGAUGCAAAUCAGGGAGUACCUUGUUUA